AUGUCUUUCUCGCCGAAAGUUGAGACUGUCAUGCUGACGGGAAACCUUUGGGAGCUUUAUGGCGGCGUACUCGGUCUAUCUGAACGGGAGAAGCCUUCUACGCUUGUAUUUCGCAAGCUGCGUGGCAUUGCUAGGGGAGUAGAGGGCAAGCAGUGGACAAUCGAAGAUGUGGGUUUCCCCAUACGUGACUUCAAGAUGGAUCCAUCUCAAGAUUUGCUCGUGAUGCUCGAGUUGCUUCCGGAGCCACCUGUCGGUGGCUUCGCACCGUGCAGGAUCCACAUCCGAUCUCUGACCGGGAAUGAAGCGCAUCCAUUCGCGAGGAACCCAGUAAUCGUCACAUCCAUUCAGGCCCCCAACAAUGAUGUCCUCGCUUUCAAUAUACAAUUUUGCGGCGACAGACUCGGCAUCAUGUUCGAAUACUCACCGGCCGACGAUCGCCGUGGCGACAUGGAUAUAAUAGUAUACAACUGGAGGACCGCGACUGUUUUGUUUCGCAUGUACGGAAUCAAUUCGCCGAUCGAGGCAUACACAUUCCUCUCAGAAGAGCACAUCCUACUCGGGAUCGCCUAA